AAAAAUAAAUAAAUAAUUAUUAGACCAGAGACCUUUUGCUUCAAUAUUGGGUCCUAAUCUUUUGCUUUGCUUCAAAAUUGGGUCCUACCCGAAAUCCUUUUUAUCAUCCCCUAUAAAUAAGUGGCCAAACAUACCUAAUUUAAUCACUCCAAUUCCAAGUAGCAGCAUAUAGUCCUUGAAUUGAAUAUCUAAAUAAACACCAAUACAUAGCAAUGGAAGUGAAGAAAGAGCUCAGCAGAGAUGAGAAAUGGUCACUCAAGGGCAUGUCCGCUGUCGUAACCGGUGGCACUAGAGGCAUCGGGCAUGCCAUAGUCGAGGAACUAGCAGGAUUUGGUGCAAGAGUCCACACUUGCUCAAGAAACAAGAAAGAUCUAGAUGAAAGAAUUCAAGAAUGGAAAGCCAAAGGGUAUGAAGUGAGCGGCUCGGUUUGUGAUCUAACUUCAAGAGCACAAAGAGAAGAAUUGGUGCAAACUGUGGCUUCACUUUUCGAUGGCAAACUCAACAUUCUUAUCAACAAUGCUGCAAUAAGCAUAAUGAAAAGAGCAACGGAACACGACGAGCAAGACUUUUGGCACAUAAUUGGAACAAAUUUGGAGUCGCCUUAUCAUCUCUCCCAAAUUGCACACCCUCUGCUCAAAGCUUCCGGCAAGGGCAAUAUCGUCUUUAUCUCCUCCGUCGCCGGUAAAACUGCGCUGCCGGCGCUCGCUGUCUACUCAGCUUCCAAAGGUGCCAUAAAUCAAUUGACAAAGAAUUUGGCUUAUGAAUGGGCAAAAGACAACAUUAGAGUUAACACAGUGGCGCCAUGGGCAGUCAAGACCACUAUUGUCAAACCUGAAGAUAUUGACAUGUCCAUACAAAGUAUGUUUGGACCGUUAUUGGCCCGAACGCCGAUCCGGCCGAUAGCCGAACCGAACGAGAUAUCGCCGUUGACGGCGUUCCUUUGCCUCCCGGCGGCUUCUUAUAUCACCGGCCAAGUUAUUUAUGUUGAUGGUGGCUUCACAUCUAGUGCUUAAUAAUUCUUCCAUCUUCUAUUAUUCGUCACUUAUUUUCGAGUAAAUCUUUAUUUACUACCUAAUCGUUGCUUGUAUUGAAUAAUUUUUAUGUUAUUGUCGACCUUCAUAAUGAAAUUAAUCAAUCUAUUCUA